UUAAAACACACACACUUAAAAUAUCUGAUGUGCAAAUAAGCCCGUUCUGGGAUCAGUUUAAGCCCGCAGUGCCUACACACACACACAUGCCACAGGGCUUGAUCACACAUUCCGUGUUUACACCACUCCGCUCGAGCUCCACCAAACGACUGACGGGGAUUGUAGUUCAGCAAGUGGCUCAACUGCGGCAGGAGCCUGAGCGAAGGCUCGCCUGUCGACUACGUUUCCCACAAACCUUCGCGCAACGAGGUUUUCGGUCGACGAACGUCCGAUCGUGACGCCUGACUGUAGUUGUAGUUCUUAGCUCCGUUCGCCCUGCGCACAGACCCGACACGCGAACUACAAUACCCAGCAUCCCGCGCGCCGCUGGUAAACAGAGCUGUCAAACAACACCGACGCCAUUUCAACAACAGCCUUAAAAUGGCAGUAAAAUACAGAGCUCGCGCCGCCGCCGCCUGAAGACGAGCCAAAUCACGGCGGAUUAACGGAGAGCGGCGGGCGGCGGGAGGAUGGACAUCAGCGCGGCGGUGUUUAACGCCGCGAGAGACGGAAAGCUGAAGCUGAUGCAGAAACUGCUGAUCAACAAGAGCCCGGAGGAGCGCGCGGCGCUGGCGGAGGAGCGCACCGAGGGAGGGACACCGCUGCUGAUCGCCGCGCGCUACGGCCACCUGCCGGUGGUGCACUUCCUGCUGGAGCGCUGCGGCGCCAACGUGGAGCUCGGCGGAUCCGUUAACUUCGACGGGGAGACGAUCGAGGGCGCGCCGCCGCUGUGGGCCGCCUCCGCCGCCGGGCACCUGCCGGUGGUCAAGGCUCUGCUGGAGCACGGGGCGUCCGUCAACAACACCACCCUCACCAACUCCACCCCGCUGCGCGCCGCCUGCUUUGACGGACAUCUGGAGAUCGUGCGCUACCUGGUGGAGCACCAGGCGGACCUGGAGGUGGCAAACCGGCACGGGCACACCUGCCUGAUGAUCUCCUGCUAUAAAGGCCACCGUGAAAUCGCACAGUUCCUGCUGGAGAAAGGAGCCGACGUCAAUCGCAGGAGCGUCAAAGGUGGAGUUCUGCUAUUAUCACUGAUCAUAUACACCUGCAAACUCAUCACUGCACACCUGCAAACACAUCACUGCACACCUGCAUCCUCAUCACCUGCAUCCACAUCACUGCACACCUGCAUCCUCAUCACUGCACACCUGCAAACACAUCACUGCACACCUGCAUCCACAUCACUGCACACCUGCAAACACAUCACUGCACACCUGCAUCCACAUCACUGCACACCUGCAUCCAUACCAAAGUGUGUACAUGCACAAUAUUCACAUCACACACUCUGCAGUGUUGAUAAUUACCCAGAAUGCCAUGAAAACAGGCGGUGUUGCUGACAUGGCAUUACACAAAAGCACAUUAUGAUGAUGAUGAUGAUGAUGAUGAUGAUGAUGAUGAUGAUGAUUAUCCAGGAAGCAGCAGCAGUUAACCCCACUACACUGUGACUAAUAUCUGCUCAUGGAGAGUAUGAAGUGCAUUAUGGGAUGUUGAUCUCUGCUCUGUUCACUCUGCAGUCUAUGAAUAUUAUUCUGUAUAAGAGGUCAGAUCCAGAGGAGUAAGAGUGUAGAUCAGCAGAUAGAGUGCUGCAGUUUAGUGUAAUACACAACACCGACACACACUCCACAGCACUGCACACCAACACACAUGUGCAGGACACACUCUCCAUCACACUGUUCAAGGCUAAUGGCCGCUGGAGGAAUUGAGCUGAAGGGUGUUUCAGCACAUGCUAGCAGAUGCUAGCGCCUUAACAGAGAUUAUUUGUAUUUGAUAGCAGGACUAUAUUGAUUACACUGUGGUACAACUUCACAUUAUUAGACAUUCUUCCUCAAUACUGUUGGAAUAUCCAGAAUCCCUGAAGCAGGCUCUGUUCAUCCUGUGUGUGUGUGUGUGUGUGUGUGUGUGUGU